AUUCGUAUACAGAAAUAAUUGUAUAAAAGUCGUUUAAAUGCUUCAGCUCAGGCUAAGAGGGUUCUCCGAGCAGUAAGUGGCAUUAGAGAGGCUACAAUCGAGCUUAGAUAUGUCCACCAAUUCCAAUGGGAGUGGCGGAGCAGCGGGCGGCACCAGCAGCAGCGGCGGCGUCGUCUCGCCUGGUGAUUGGAUUUGCCCAGAUUAUGACUGUCGGCAUCUGAAUUUCGCGCGCCGCACGCAAUGCAAUAAGUGCAAUCACGACCGUGAUAGCAUUGAUAAGCCAGAGCGCGACCGUGACCGGGGCAAUGGCAGUAGCAGCAGCAGCAGCAGCUCCAGCAAGAAGAAGCUGGGCACCGAGAUCGGCAAAGCGGCAGCGGACAAGUCGCGAGGGCUCUUCAGCGCCGAGGACUGGCAGUGCGCCAAGUGUGCAAACGUGAACUGGGCCAGGCGGCAGACCUGCAACAUGUGUAAUUCGCCCAAGUUUACGGACUCGGAGGAGCGAACUGGCUUUGGCGGUGGCUAUAAUGAUCGCGGAGUUGUAGAGUACAAGGAACGCCAGGAGUCGGACAGCGAGUACGAUGAGUUUGGGCGGCGUAAGAAGCGGAAGAGCUAUGAAGAGCGCGAUGGGUCUAAGCGAGCAAGGAGGGCCAGUGACGCUGGGGAGGAUGAGGAAGAGGACGACGAUGAUGAUGAUGGGGAUCUGUCCAAGUACGAUCUAUGGGGUGACAAUGAAGUAACCUCAUCCGAAGUCAAUAACAAGGAGCCGACGGGCAAUGGCAGAGACAUCAAGGAGGGCAAGCGGACCUCACGCGAUUCCCCAUCGUCCGUAUCAUCCUCGUCCUCGUCUAGCUCGUCCAGCUCAAGCGACUCGUCAUCGUCGUCGUCAUCCUCGAGCAGCUCGACCAGCAGUGGGUCCACCAGUAGGCGUGGCAAGAAGAGCACAGCAUCGCCCAGCAGACGUUAGCUAAAUUUUAUUGCGUUUCUCUUCACUUCUUUCCGAGGGGAUAUUUAUUUGUUUAUUUAUUUACGUUACAUACUCUGCGCUGCCCCCGAUCAUGACAUGCUAAAUAAGGUCAAAUUUAUUCUAAAAAUUAUAAUAAA